CUUUCGAUCCUUCUCUUCUUGUCCGUCCACCCAUCUUCCCAGGAGCAAGCGCUGCAAUUGGACAAGAUGGCGUCCACCUCACAACCAGCUUCGUCAAUGAAGCCGGAGCUCAAGUCCUCACCCUCAGGCAUCCCGCAAGCGCCCUUUAUCGAAGACGUGGAGCAACACCUCGGAGGAGCAGACGCUGAUGUUACACCGACGCUGCAGAAGUUCCAAGAGACAAUGCAAAAGUACAAGAUCAUGGAGGCUAGUACCUUCCAGAGGAGUAAGAGCCUGCAGGAGAAGAUACCGGAUAUCGAAAAGACAUUGAAGAUGGUGGAGCAUUUGAGGGAUCUCAGGGAAGCGGACCAGUCCCUCACGACUCACUUCGAGCUUCACGACACUCUCUACACCCAGGCCACAGUAUCACCACUCACCCACGUCAAUCUCUGGCUGGGCGCAAACGUCAUGCUGUCGUACCCGCUAGAUGAGGCACGCGACCUGUUGCAGGACAAGCUGGCAACGGCAAAGAAGAGCCAAGAGGCGGCAAAGAAGGACUUGGAUUUCCUGCGGGAUCAGAUCACCGUCAUGGAGGUCAAUACGGCGAGGGUGCAUAAUUGGGAUGUCAAGAGGAGGAGAGAGAGACGAUUGAAGGAAGGCGCGGAAGAAUGAACCAUGGUGCGACAGAGUCAAUUGAGACCACUAGACGCAGAGCAUUGCGACGUGAAGCGUGACAGCAGUAACAUGCGAUUGGUCGUUGGUCAUCGAAGCAUUGAUACAAGGCGGAAGGCGAGAAUGAGGGAUGGGCAAGGGGAGUGGGAGAAGUGCGAACCGAGAGAAAGGGGCAAAGGGUGAUCGACAGUAGAGAGAAUCGCGCACGGUGAGCCAUCCGUCACGGCUACACCAUCCCCACCCCACCCCAAUGCCCUCUGAUUCUCCUCGCCAGUUGGAUAUCUCGCUGCAUGAUCGUCACUCGUCUUGCGUGGAUGGCGCACAAGUUCCUGUCAGUGCGGAUAAGAUGAGGCCGGUGGGUCAGUCAGCAGGUCACCCUUAAUCAGCUUGACCUCGUCGUGUUUCGCGCACACUCACGCAUCCUCAAACAAAUGCACCAGAUA